UCAGCAGCCAGAGAGCAGUCCACGUUGUUCAGGGCCACUCUGCAGAGUCCAUUAGGUGUAAUAUGUCACCAAUAACGGCCGAAGAAGAGUUCUUCAAGAAUUCAAACUUGAAGAGAGAAAACAUCGAACAUCUUAGAUACUGGAUAUCGAAGCAGCCUCACCUGCCAAAUGGAAUUAGAGACGAACAACUGAUCCUGUUUCUACACUGCUGUCAGCACCGCCUGGAGGACUGCAAACAAGUUAUUGAGACGUAUUACACCAUCCGCACACAUUCACCGGAAAUAUUUGGGAACAGGGAUCCUAAAGGAGAGGAAGUGCAGAGAAAUCUGUCCAUAUUUGAAUUUGCUAACCUUCCGAAGAGAGACCAGCACGGGAACGUGGUGAUGGCUGUCCGCGUCUCGGACCCAGACGCCAAUAAGUUCUCGCAUUCAGCUGCUCUGAAGACAUACUUCAUGGUGCAAGAUGCCAUCAUGCUGGAGACCGGUACGGUUCCUGGAUACGUUUUUCUGCUCGACGCGAAAGGAUGUGGCUUGGGACAUAUUACGAAACUCAAAAUUUCAUACAUGAAGUUGUAUGCUGAAUAUCUUCAGGAGGCUUUCCCUGGCAAUGUUGUGGCAACACAUCUGGUGAAUUCCAACUAUUUCACAAAGGCUGCGUUUGCCGUAAUGAAACGAUUUUGUAACACUGAUAUGGCCGACAAGUUGUUUGUACACACUUCGAUGGACACUCUGUACAGCCAUAUCUCAAAAGACAGCCUACCUAAGGAUUUUGGAGGGAAACUGGACUCAAUGGCGACAUAUCACAAAGUGAUGGUGGAACAACUGGAGCUGUGCACGGGCUGGUUCAAGGACGAGGAAGCCAUCCGCGUGGACGAGUCCAAGAGGCCGGUGAAGGCGAAGUGCAUGGGGGAAAUACUCGAUAAUUAAGUUCCUAUCAAGAGACUGGACGCAGAUUAACGAAAAGAGACUUGCUAUCAGAAUUGCCCUUCUCCAAACGCGCGUCACAAGUCUGAAGACGAGACCGUAUUAGCACGAAUAUUCCCUAGUGCAAUGAAUUUACAUGGUGUUCUCGGGAAACGUGGAAUUCCUUCAGAUCCUUAUAGAUUUUCCUCGGUUUUCAUUACGACUAGAAGAAGACAAAGAAAACGUUUCAUCAUCGCUGUGGACAUUCUCUCGCUCGGCACAAAAUACCUCGGGGCAAAGGUACCAGAGAAAGAGUGAAAAGGACGAUAAAGGAUAGGAAGGGCAACGGGGAAGUACAAGGAAGAAUUUGGUUCUUUACGCAAUCUAUUGGUGGUAUUCCCCUCCUACCGUCACUCCGCGGCUAGGUGGUAUUCCCCUUCCUUUCCCAUUCCGUGGCUGGCUGGCCAGCCCAAGUUUGUCUUUAUAACGGUCAAUGAAGAUCUGAGGUAUUUUACUAUGCAUGUUUGCAACGCCGCGCUGCACCCAUGCCAGUGUCUCUCACUACCCUAUUUUUACCGUUAUUUAACCAAUAGAUUUUACAAUUUUAUAAAUGUAUUCUAGACAUAAUUUUAUAAAAGUGAAUACAAAUUACAUCACUGAAAAAUCUUA